CGUUAUCGUACAACCCUGACGCUCCUGCUGCGUCUACUUUCCGGUGUCUAUGCUCACUAUGACGUACGUCGGCUGGUAGUAAAGGAAAAAGGAGAACCAGUCCAGUUAACCUGACCUACCGUCUCUGUCUACAUUAAAUUUGCGUUUGCUUUACAAAAUGUUCCGCCGACAUUUGUACACGGAUUUAAUUUGACAACAAAACAUGUCGGUUUGUUCGUCGUCAGCCCGUGAAUACAUUCAACUGGUAAAACUGACCGACGAAGAAGAAUGCCUUUGUUGCUACGCUAGCUAGCUGGACUUAGCUUCAGGAUGGACGGCUGAGUGCUAUCAGGAGGAACAAAUAAGUGUCCUGUCAAUGAAUCUUGAGAGAAGCGUCUCCUGAGUGUGAAGGAGGGCUUUCGGUGCCUUUUUUGCUACCUCCGAACCGCGUAGACGAUGAAGAACUGCGAGUACCAGCAGAUCGACCCACGGGCGCUCUCCGUUUCGCCGUUGUCGGCUCAAAACCCCGCCGAGAAGAAGGUGCAGCGCCCGCGGAGAAAGUGGGAAGCUUUCCCGGGAAAGAACCGAUUUUUCUGCGACGGACGGCUCAUACUGGCCAGACAGAACGGCGUCCUUCCUCUAACUCUGGGCCUUAUUGUUGUCACUAGUGGCCUUUUCUUUGCUUUCGAUUGCCCCUUCCUGGUGGAGCAUCUGACCGUCUGUAUACCUGUGAUAGGAGGGGUGCUCUUCUUGUUUGUGGUCGCCUCCCUGCUCAGAACCAGCUUUACAGAUCCAGGCAUUUUACCCAGAGCCACGGCAGACGAAGCUGCAGACAUAGAGAGACAGAUAGAUACCUCAGGUUCCUCAACAUAUCGCCCGCCUCCUCGAACCAAGGAGAUCCUCAUCAACCAGCAGGUGGUAAAGCUCAAGUACUGCUUCACUUGCAAGAUGUUCCGGCCUCCGCGGACCUCCCACUGCAGUCUGUGUGACAACUGUGUUGAGCGAUUUGAUCACCACUGCCCAUGGGUGGGGAACUGUGUCGGAAAACGCAACUACCGCUAUUUCUACAGCUUCAUCAUCUCUCUGUCUUUUCUGACAUCUUUUAUAUUCGGCUGUGUCAUCACACAUAUCACCCUCCGUUCUCAAGCAGGGAAAGGCAUUGUUCAAGCCAUUCAGGAGAGUCCUGCAAGUGUGGUGGAAUUGGUGAUUUGCUUUUUCUCCAUCUGGUCUAUUUUGGGCCUCUCAGGCUUCCACACCUACUUAGUAGCCUCCAAUCUCACCACGAAUGAAGACAUCAAGGGGUCGUGGUCGGGUAAACGGGGAGCAGAGGAGUCUGGAAACCCCUACACUUAUAGCAACAUCAUAACCAACUGCUGUGUUACAUUAUGCGGCCCAAUGCCUCCCAGCCUGAUUGAUCGAAGAGGGUUCCUCCCUCCCGAUGAGGCGAUCCCCGCCGCUGCGGCCUCAGAGAUGGAGCUGCCUCCCUUCACGCCCAAGAGCGAUGCGAACAUGUGCACUCAGAGCACGAAGGACAUGCUGGAGAGGAUGCUCCACUCCUCUGACUUUCAUGGCCUGUGCCCUUCAGGGAACCCCAAAACCUCGCCUCUGGUCCAGGAGGUUUCCAGCGGCCCAGCAACCGCAGAGCCUUCCCUCUCCUCCGGCUGCUCGCGGCAGCUCGCCCGCCAGGCUGUGGUUGACCCCUGCCCCCUGUUGUCCCCUGUCGCUUUCAGCAAAAGCAAUAGGAGAGACUCGCUGCACUCGAUCAACCCGGCCUUCCGCCUGGCUUCUCCCUCGCCCACGCUAAGCCGCAGCGCGCUGGUUCUGGGCGACAGGCCUGACAUUGGUUUCAUCCCGCAACACUAAGGGCGGGAUGCUUGCCAUCAGAACAGACAUGGAGUCAUGGCGGGGAGUGUACGCUCCUCAGGCUACAGAUAUUACUGCUGUUUAUCAUCAGGCAGUGAUUUUGGACUUAAAGACACUUAGUCAGAGACUUGGUGCAUGUUGGAAUUUGGUGUUGCAACAAUGUCCUUGUGAGGGAUUACGGUUAAUUUAAGUCACCAGUGUCCAGUUGUACACAUCCUUCAAAAUGGAGGGGAAUCUUAGUAACACUUGAGAGCACAAUAUAGAGAUAUUUUUUCACAUCUUUUUUAGGACGCUCGAAAUGUCCCAGCACUCCUUCUGCUGAACCUCAGUGUUUGAGUUCUAAUAUGAUACGCAAACAUGGGCAGGAUUUUGAGUUUGGAUGUUUUGUGUAUAAGAAGCCAGAAACAAAUGUUGGACUUUGCUCAGUUUUCCAGACUGUGUACCAUUUUAACAACAAGAAGCCUCAUGCAUCAUCAUCUACAUUGUCCCGUCUAUAUUUGAAGUCAAAGAUGGACAAGGAUGUCAUACUUGUUGGAAUUUUGCAAAUCCUUUUUCAAAAAACAAAAAGGUUUUGGGAGGCUCCAAGUUCUGUGAGAUCACGCAAAUGUUUUAUGAGAUCCUAGUUGCUUUGGCUUUGUACUGCCACGGUUUUGGAAAAUCUCCACCUGCUCUUUCGAGAUCCCAAGUUACUUUGGUGAGUUCAUGUUGAAGAUUGUCAAGAAACGGAGUCACUUUUUGGAGCUUCUGCAAAUGUUUUGUGAGUUCCUGAAA